UGGAGUGCGGAAGUCAUUUUUGUAAAACUUUCGUUUUCAGUUUUACUGCUGAGUAAUCGGGCUUUCCUUUUUCUGGCGUUGGGUUACAAAGAAGGUGUGUUUCAGUUUAGAAGCGCCAUGGCCGCUAUGGAUAUUUGCACCGAGGCGAAGCAGCAGGUGGAGGACUUCUCCAAGAAGCUCACCAAGGAGGCAGAAGAACUCGUCUCAACAUUUUUCCCCCAGAAGAUUGAAGAGCUGCAGGUGCUGCUGCAGGCCUCUUUCAGCAACAAUGACGUGACGUCCCUGAAGGCACCGCUGGAUAUCCCAAUACCGGAUCCUGUGAAGGAAGAAGCCAAACGCAAGAAGAAGGAGGAGAAAGAAGAGAAGGAGGGGAAGAAAGACAAGAAGAAGGACGAGGAGGAGGAGGAAGAUUCAGGCCAUCCUUGUGGUCCCAUUUCCUGCAACGAGCGAGUGGAGAGGCUCCUGCGGGAGGUCAAGCCUCAGAUUCAGACGCUGAAGGAGAAGCUCAACACGGUUUCAAUGUGGAUACAACUCCAAAUACCCAAAAUUGAAGACGGUAACAACUUCGGAGUCGCGGUGCAGGAAAAAGUGUUUGAGAUAUUGACAAGCUCACGCACUAAAAUCGAGGGAUUCCAGACUCAGAUUUCAAAAUAUUACAGCGAGAGAGGGGAUGCAGUUGCCAAAGCAUCGAAAACACCCCAUGUGGGAGACUACAGGGAGCUGGUUCACGAGCUGGACCAGACUCAGUACUUUGAGCUCCGCCUCAUGGUGCUGGACAUGUGCGCCACAUAUGCGGCACUCUAUGACAUCAUCAACAAGAACUACGCCAAAAUUAAGAGGCCCCGAGGAGACUGCAAAGCGCUCAUCUACUAACAUGAGCAGCCAUGCGAGGUCAACAAAGUACAAUCAGGCCGCACUGCCAUUUCGUAUCUUUGCUUUUCUUGUUCAUUUUCUGCAACACAUUACAAAAUAAAAUGAGGAUUUUGUGCAGUC